GAAUCAGAAGGAUCGAAGGCUUGGACAGGAAGAAACAAGCACAAUAUUCCUUUCGUUUGCGCCUCAAUGACCUAAUUUGAAUUUAAGCGGCAACGGAUAUUUCGGGGUCGAAGGCUUGGAAGCGUUGGUUCUGGAUUGGAUAUAAUGGCGUCGUUGUGCCGUCUAUGACCGCUUCCUGUUUUGCUUACUGUUACAUCUGUACCAAUUGUCGCAAUCCUGUUCAGCCAUCGGGCAUUCAUACAACUUGCAUACCUACACACUACAUAAGCACGACCUACUUUCGACUCAAUUUCACUGAACUCGAAACUUUCUACUUUUCACCUCAACACAAACACACCGUCGACAUGAAAUUCUCCCAUAUUAUCAUCUCGGCCCUCAGCGUCGGCAGCGCAGUCAACGCAGCUGCCAUUCCCGAAGAAGCAGCAAACUCGCUCUCCGUCCGCUCAAGCUAUGACAUCGCUACAUCGCCCGAAUCCAGCAACACGCUCGAGAAGCGCAAAGGAGGUGGUGGUGGUGGAAGAGGCGGUGGCGGCAGCUCUUCAGGCAGCUCCGGCUCAUCAGGCUCUUCCGGCUCGUCAGGUUCCUCAGGCAGUCGAGGCUCUGGAAGUUCGUCAGGCAGCUCAGGUGUGAGACCAUCAUACGGCAGCGGCGGCAACUACUAUGCUGGUGGUGCUUCCACUCCCUACAGAGCUGGAGGCCGUUCGCCAGGCGGUGUCGCUCCUUACGUUCUUGGAGGUGCCGCCCUUGGUAUCGGCGCCUACGCAUUGUACGGUGCUGGCGCCUACGCAUACCCUUACGCCCACCCUUACUACUUCCACAACCGCACCGAGGCUGCCCAGAACCAGUCAUACACCAACUCUACCAACACAACCCUUCCCGUCCAGUGUGUCUGCGCUCAAAACUCAGAGUGCAGUUGCGAGGACCAGCAAGACGAUUCAUACCUCGCCUCCAUCAUUGGCAAUGGCUCAAACUCCGACAUCAACUCGACUGUUGCUCGCAUCGCCAAUGUCAACGGCACCGACACUCUCAUCAUCAACGGUACUGUUCCUGAAGGUACCGGCUCCACAAGUGCCGCAGCUGCCAUGAGAGUGCCCGAGUCGGCUGGUAUGUGGUUGAUUGCUGCUGGUGUUGGCGCCUUUGUCUACGCCAUGUAAGCAUGGAUACAUGUUCCUCACGAGAUAUGGCAUGGCUGGCGUUUUGUUUCUUUCCCACAUGAUACCACUAUUAGGAUAGCAUGAUUGAUGCUUUUGUACGAAUACGAACACGAAUAGGUACCUCACAAUAACAAUACCUUUGAACUAUCCAGAA